GGUGCCUGACCGAGGGCGGGAGCAGGGUCGUGGCGUCCGAGCCUCGGGGCUGCAGGGGGCGCGGAGCGGGCGGGCUGGCCCAGAAAACAAAUCCUGCGGUGUCGCGUUUCCUGCAACGUGAGCCAGGUCGGGCGGGGUGAAGGGUCUGAGGCCACCUCAGGGACGCAGGGGCUGGAGAGUGGGGCAGGGGACAGCCCCCACUCCGUCACUCAGUCUUUGGCCGGGCCGCCUCACUCUCCCUCACUGAGCUGGGCCUAUUUGGGGGCAGCUGCGACGGGGCGGGAAGCCACGCUGUCACCCGACCCCGCCUUACGGCCCCUGAAACCCGAGGCUUGAGCGCGGGUGUCGGUGUCGCUUUCGGAUGGGGAUGGUUUCCAGAUGCAGGAGGGGAAGCAGGGGGACGCGACCCGGAGCCGGGGGCCAAAUAUGAGAGGCCCCCUCUGCCCAGGAUCAGCCCUCUCCCGUCUCCGGCGGGGAUGAAGGUGGGGGCUCAGCUCCCAGCUUAGGGAGAGGCGCAGGGGGCGGGGUCACAUCUGGCCUGGGGCGGGUGCAGAGCUGCGGCCAGGUGUGGCAAGGUAGUUGGCGCCCCCGUGGUAUCCGCGACGGCUGGGGGGUUCGGCCUGGGAUUGGCGGGCCCCGGGUGAUGUCAGGCUGUCGGAGCCCAUAGGCUGCCGUGUGCGGGCGGCUGUAACCUGAGAGGAAGUAUCAGGUAACGCAGGUGUCGGGUCCUGCCGCCCCCGCCGCCAGGUGCACAGCGGGGGCCACCAGCACCGUGGCAGCCAAGCUCCUGCGACGGCCACGACGGGCUGCGGAGGCAGGACUCCGGCCGCAAGCCCCGCGCCUUCAGCAAGCAGCCCAGCACGGGGGACUACUACCGGCAGCUGGGCCGCUGCCCGGGCGAGACGCUGGCCGCACGUCCAGGCAUGGCGCACAGCGAGGAGGCGGCGCUGCUCCCAGGGAACCACGUGCCUAACGGCUGUGCCGCGGACCCCAAGGCGUCCAGGGAGCUGCCACCGCCGCCCCCGCCGCCCCCGCCGCCCCUGCCCGAGGCCGCGAGUUCGCUGCCACCGGCCCCGCCUCUGCCCCUCGAGGGCGCUGGCCCUAGCUGCGGGCAGCGCCGCUCCUCUUCGUCCACCGGCAGCACCAAGUCUUUCAACAUGAUGUCCCCGACGGGCGACAACUCGGAGCUACUGGCUGAGAUUAAGGCUGGCAAGAGCCUGAAGCCUACGCCGCAAAGCAAGGGGCUGACCACAGUGUUCUCAGGCAGCGGGCAGCCAGCCUUCCAGCCCGAUUCACCGCUGCCGUCUGUGUCACCUGCACUGUCACCAGUCCGGAGCCCCACACCGCCAGCUGCGGGGUUUCAGCCGCUGCUCAAUGGAAGCUUGGUUCCGGUGCCGCCCACUACUCCUGCGCCGGGCGUGCAGCUGGACGUGGAGGCGCUCAUCCCCACGCACGAUGAGCAGGGCCGGCCCAUCCCCGAGUGGAAGCGCCAGGUGAUGGUGCGCAAGCUGCAGCUGAAGAUGCAGGAGGAGGAGGAGCAGAGGCGGAAGGAGGAGGAGGAGGAGGCCCGGCUGGCCAGCAUGCCCGCCUGGAGGCGGGACCUCCUGCGGAAGAAGCUGGAAGAAGAGAGGGAGCAGAAGCGGAAAGAGGAGGAGCGACAGAAGCAGGAGGAGCUGCGGCGGGAGAAGGAGCAGUCAGAGAAGCUGCGGACGCUGGGCUACGAUGAGAGCAAGCUGGCGCCCUGGCAGCGACAGGUCAUCCUGAAGAAGGGGGACAUCGCUAAGUACUAGAGGCCGUGGCCUCCUGCCCGCAGCCUUGCAGCUCGGAGGGGCCCCCCGCCCCAGCCCCAGCCAGCCAGGCCCCGGCGGAAGGGCUGGGAGCCGCACAGCCCACCCCUCCUGCGCUGGAACCCCCUCGACCCCCCAUCCUGGCCCCGCAUCCCCAGCCCUUGGCAACACUGGAGUGCACACGCCGCCCCAGUUGCCCAGAAUAAGUGCCCAAGCUGCUGAUGCAAACAACAAAAAAUGCUGCUUAUUUGCAUGCCGACUUACAUAUAUUUGCAUGUUCGUUGAAUAUCAAAGAGUGAAGAGCUCUCCCCAGCCCUGUGGGUGGUGACUUUGUUUUCCUGCGGGGCUCAGCCCCCUCCAGGAUGCAGUCCCCUCCCCCGCACCCCGGAACCGGCGUCGCUGGCGCAUCCUGGGUGGAGGCAGGCCCCGAGCUCGGGGAAGGGGUUUUCCCUCCGUCCCUGACCCAGAUCUGUGCCCGGCCUAGCCCGGGCCUCAUUUCUUAUCCCCGCCGAGGGUUUCCUCUCAGUCAUUUGUUUACCAGAAAGAUGAAAACUGCCUGUCGGGCCUCAGUUGGGGCCCCUGGGACCCCACCUCCCUCAAGUCUACGCCCCGUCCCCAGCCAGACCCACUCGCUGCCAGGACCCUUUCACUGCCCCGGUGGAGUCAGUGGAGGAUGAGGGGCCCUGACCCUGUGUCUGUAACUGCUGCACCCCAUCCCGACCCUGUCCCCGCCUCCUCGCAGCCCCAUUAAAGCGCUCUCAUCACUC